AAACUCGACAGAAGAAGUAGUAGUAGUUAGCAAAGCGAUGCUACAGGCCGUUCUUUUGGUUGGACGCUUUUUUCGAUAUGUGAUAUAUCAUUGAAUAUGGGCAAGCGAGACAAUCGUGUGGCUUACAUUAACCCCAUCGCUGCUGCUAGAGCCAGAGGACCGAUACAGAACUCUGGACCAACCAUACAAGAUUAUCUAAGCAGACCUCGACCAACAUGGGAAGAGCUAAAAGAGCAGCUGGAGAAGAAGAAGAAAGGCUCCCGAGCCCUGGCUGACUUUGAAGACAAAAUGAAUGAAAAAUGGAAGAAAGAACUGGCUAAAAACCGAGAAAAAUUGUUGGGUGCAAAUGACAAGGAGAAGGACAAAAAGGCAACAGAUAAGGAUAAAAAGAUGAUGGACAAAGAAAAAGAGGAGAAGAAGGAGAAAAAAGAGAAAAAGAAAAAGGAGAAGAAAAAGUCCAACAGGCAUUCUUCAUCUUCCUCCUCUUCAUCGAGUUCUGAUUCCUCCAGCAGCUCUUCUUCUGAAUCCGAAGAUGAAGACGAAAAGCAGAGCCUGAAGAAAAAACGAAAAAGAAAGAAGUCGUCAGCCAGGCGAGCGUCGGACAGCUCGGAAGCCGACUCUGAUGAAGAAUCAAAGAAGAAAAAGAGAAAAAUAAAGGAAGAAGUGGAUAAAGAUAAGGAUGAAAAGAACCGUAGAAGAAAAAAGAGGGCUGAACGAAGUUAUAACACAUCAUCAGAUUCUUCUGAAUCUGAAGGGGACAAGGCAGCUGAAGUCAAGAAGAGAAAGAGAAGUAGUGAGGAAAAAGAGAAAUUCGCAGACAAAUCAAAGAAGAAGAGGAAAAAGAAGCAUAAGAAGCACGGCAGAAAAAAGAAAAAGAGGGCACCAUCUCAUUCAGGCUCGGAAUUCGAAUAGGAAUCCCAAGCUUCUCAUCUUGACAGUUCAGUCUUUUUUUUUUUUUUAUUAUUAUUUUGUUUGACUACCAGACACUUCUCCCAACUGGCUUUGAUCAUCACACUUGAAGAGGAAGCCCAUAGACUUGUUCUGAUGGACUUUAGUGAGAGAAGCAAUAUGGAGGGAAGCAUCCAUUACUCUCAGCUGGUAACUGCAGAUGAAAUUUCACCACUGCGCUUUUGUAGAUUCAUCCCAAAUCUACAGGAACGAAACAGAUUUCCCACUAGAUUUCAGUUCAAUUGACGCUUGUGUUUACCUUCAGUAUGCUGAUCCUGUUGGCGCUGCACUCGCCCACAUUAUCCCUACAGCUUAGCGUUGUUAUGCUAGUGCCCGUGUCAUGCAUGUAAACCCAAUGGCCUGCCGCGCCGGCGUCAUACUGGAGUUGGACUUGUGAUGAGAAAUGUGAGCUACACCGUCUUGCUUCUACAAUGAAUCAUUGUUCAGUUAAACACACUGCGGUGUAAAUGUAUAAAUAGUUUGAAUUCAUGAAUAAAGUGUUGUUUUAGCCUUUAGUGGUGUUACCU